AUGUCAUUCAACGCUUUUGCAGAUUCCUUCAGUAAAGGAAUUCAGGCAUUCUCCAGUCAAGUUUCUCAAAAAGCACAAGAUGCGCAACUUGACAAGAAGUUCAAGGACUUAUCACUAGCGGUAUCUCAAAGGACGCAAGACCUAACAACUCAAUUGCCAACUCUCGCCCAGUCCACUCAACGUAUGGUCCAAGAAAAGCUGGGCCAAGUUACGGAUAUUUCUCAGUUGCCUCAGGAAUAUACGGAGUUGGAAAACAGGGUGGAUAGGAUUAAACUUGUUUAUGAAAAUUUUCUGAAGGUUACGCAGGUGUAUGAGAACGAGAGCUACGACUACCCAAACAACGUGAGAGACUCUGUAAAUGAGUUUUCGAAAGUGCUUAGUGUCAAGCUGCAUGAUUUAUCCCAUGCGACAUCUACAAAUGAAGCCCAAUCCAUAUUGAUCGCCCCGGGCCCACAUAAAGAUCCAAAAACUUUGAACUACGCGCUAAGCAAAGUGGCCUUAACUUCCAGCGAGUAUCUGAACAAGUCUGCUGGUAACGAAGACUCUGAAGUUGCCAGUGCUUUGUUAAAGUACAGUGAUGUUCAGGCGAAGAUCGCUCAAGCAAGAUUGCAACAGGACACUUUGAUUCAAACGCGUUUCAACAAGAAAUUAAGGGAAGCAUUGUCCGAAAACUUGACCAAGGCCUACAAUGCGCGGAAACACGUGGAAAACAUGAGAUUGCAGUACGACGUUGCAAGAGCCAAUCUGGCUGCAGCGAAGCCCGAGAAGGAGGCUUCUCUAAGAGUCCAGAUGGAGACUUUAGAGGACCAAUUUGCCCAGGCUACGGAUGACGCUGUAGUGAUAAUGCAACAAGUUAUUCAGUCUUCCGAGUUCUUGAAAGACUUGCACGAGCUCGUAGUGGCUCAGCUUGCAUACUACAAACUAUCAGCAGAGUUACUAUCUGACUUUUUGCCACAACUAGACAUGUCUCUCAACCCCGAAAUUGAAUCCAGCACACAGGCAGAAUCUGAACAUGAAGUCACAGCUGAACCUGAAGCUGAGAAGUAA